AUGAUAGAGAGUAGGGGGAAGUGUAACUUCAUACGGGAGAACUUCAAAGUGGAUGAAAACAUCUGGCAACUCGCCAAGGAACUUGAAGACGGGAGCACUGAUAACGAUUCCUCGACGCGCAUCGGCCGAAUAGAGACACAGUCAUUGUGCCCGCUAUGUACAAAUGUACUAUUGGUGUUUGAGCAAUGGCUUGAGGGAGAAAGCACACAUAUUUCUACCUUGGCCGGCAGAGAGGAAUUGAACGGGGUCUAUGAAGGUGUUGACAACAGGGAUUCCCGCUAUGGGCUAGUUGUUCGCUUCUUUGAGGAAGGAUCCAGUGGUGUACGGGUUUCAGUAGAUCACUGCGUACAUGUUGGUGAUCCUGAAGCAGGGCGAAGCUGGGCAUGUAAGCUCCAAAAGGCCGUGCGGCAGCUUUGCAACGACGUGCCUCCAAAAAAGAAGAUAGAAGAAGUUGAAACUAUUACCCAGAAAGAGCUUGCCGACAUUUGGCAUUGGAACGCUGACGUGCCCGAAACCAUCCACGCCUGCGUGCACCACCUGAUCGCCGACAUUGUCCACCAACAGCCGAACGCUCCCGCUGUCUGCGCCUGGGACGGCGACCUAACUUACCGCGAGCUUGACACCAUCUCUGACGCACUGGCAACUUACCUAGUCAAUGCCGGCGUUGGUCAUGGUGAUAUUAUACCGCUCUGCUUCGAGAAAUCUAUGUGGGCGCCGGUGGCCAUGCUUGGCGUCAUGAAGGCGGGCGCCGCCUCCGUCGCCAUGGACACCACCCACCCCGAGGCUCGCCUACGCACUAUCGUCCAGCAGGCUUUUGCAUACUCCUCUCACCGGGUCAUUCUUUCUUCUGUGACUAACGAGCCCCUGGUGCACCGGUUACCACGUACGGAGGAACCGGAAAGCACAGUACUUGUCCCUGAGACUCUAAUGCGAGAGGUUCCUCCUGACCACAAAUUCCAACCAGCCACCAUCAAACCCGACAAUAUCCUGUACGUCGUGUUCACCUCCGGCAGCACUGGUAACCCAAAGGGAGCUAUCAUCACGCACGCCAACUUUAGUAGCGCUAUCGCCCACCAACAAGUCGCUCUCGGAUUUGAUUCAACGUGUCGCGUGUUUGAUUUCGCCUCGUACGCUUUCGAUGUUGCUUGGUCGGACGCAUUGCAUACACUGACUGCCGGGGGUUGCAUGUGCAUUCCUAGCGAGAACCAACGGAGGAACGAUAUUUGUGCUGCAAUUAGAGACUUGCGAGCGAACUACCUUGAUUUAACACCAACUGUCGCACGACAGAUUUCACCGGCAGAGGUACCAAGUAUACGAACGAUUGUUUUUGGUGGCGAGCGAGUUGGCGCGUCGGACGUGAUAGACUGGAUUAACUGCUCGACCAUCCGCAAUCCUUACGGGCCUGCUGAAUGCACCAUUACAAGCACAGUAUCAGCAAUAUUACCAGGAGAUGACGCAGAACCGGGAAUCGGUCAAGGCUGUGGUGCCAUCACCUGGAUCGUCUGCACGGAUGGUUCCGGACUGGUGGCAGUCGGCGAGACCGGAGAGCUCUGGCUGGAAGGGCCGAUCGUUGGCAAGGGGUACUUAGGAGAUCCAGAAAAGACUGCCGCAGCCUUCAUCGAAGACCCACCGUGGCUCCUUCGAGGGGGACCAGGAGUGCCUGGUCGUCGUGGCCGCUUGUAUCGUACCGGCGAUCUCGUGCGCUACAACCCUGAUGGCUCCCUCCACUUCAUUGGCCGUAAGGACGACCAGGUCAAAAUCCGCGGCCAGCGCGUUGAGCUCGGCGAUGUAGAACACCACUUGCGCCAAUGCCUCGCUGCUCACCCGGAUAUCGCUGUCGUGGCUGACGUUGUACGGCCAUCAGGGAGCACGGCACCGCUGCUUGCUGCCUUUCUGGCUAUCGGCGAGUCCGCUAACGCGGACGAGGCGACGAGAAACGCCACCCUCGUCGCGCUGAUCACCUCGAUCGAAGAAAGUCUUUCACAGAAUCUACCUGUCCACAUGAUACCCACCGCCUAUAUCCCCAUAUCUAAUAUUGACCUGACCGGCACCGGUAAGACCGACCGCCGCCGCCUGCGGGACCUCGUCGCUGCCAUGACCUUCGAGCAGCUGGCCGACUUGAAUCCAGCUCGUUCCCAUGGGCCCCGUCACGAACCAAGCACAGAGGCCGAGAGGCAGCUCCAGCAGCUUUGGGCCUCCGUCUUGCCCAUUGACGCGAACAGUAUCUCCGUCACCGAUAACUUUUCGCGCAUCGGCGGUGAUUCUGUCAGUGCCAUGCGUCUGGUGGCUGCUGCCCGGAAUAGGGGUCUGAAUCUUAAUAUAGCCGACGUCUUCCGCCAUCCUCAUCUA